GCGGGGCCUGGCCGUGAGGGCGGGGGGGCGGAACCGGGAGCGGAACCGGGAGCGGAACCGGGAGGGUCUCGGGCCGGUACCGCCAUGAUCCGCUUCAUCCUGAUCCAGAACCGGGCGGGGAAGACUCGCCUGGCCAAGUGGUACAUGCAGUUUGACGACGACGAGAAGCAGAAGCUCAUCGAGGAGGUGCACGCCGUGGUCACCGUCAGGGACGCCAAGCACACCAACUUCGUCGAGUUCCGCAAUUUCAAGAUCAUUUACCGUCGCUACGCCGGGCUCUAUUUCUGCAUCUGCGUGGACGUCACCGACAACAACCUGGCGUACCUGGAGGCCAUCCACAACUUCGUGGAGGUGCUCAAUGAGUACUUCCACAACGUCUGCGAGCUCGACCUGGUCUUCAACUUCUACAAGGUUUACACCGUGGUGGACGAGAUGUUCCUGGCAGGAGAAAUCCGUGAGACGAGCCAGACCAAGGUGCUGAAGCAGCUCCUGAUGCUGCAGUCCCUGGAAUGACCCCAAAUCCCCCCAAAAUCACCCCAAAAAAAACCACCAAAAUCCCCCCCAAAAAAACCCCAAAAUUCCCCCCAAAAAACCCCAAAAUCCCCCCAAAAAAACCCCAAAUCCCCCUGAAAUCAACCCAAAAAAAACCCCAAAAUCCCCCUGAAAUCAACCCAAAAAAAAACCCCAAAAUCCCCCUGAAAUCAACGCAAAAAAAACCCCAAAUCCCCCUGAAAUCAACCCAAAAAAACCCCAAAAUCCCCCUGAAAUCAACGCAAAAAAAAACCCAAAAUCCCCCUAAAAUCAACCCAAAAAAACCCAAAAUCCCCCUGAAAUCAACCCAAAAAAAAAAACCCAAAAUCCCCCUGAAAUCAACCCAAAAAAACCCCAAAAUCCCCCUGAAAUCAACGCAAAAAAAAAACCCCAAAAUCCCCCUGAAAUCAACCCAAAAAAAACCCAAAAUCCCCCUGAAAUCAACGCAAAAAAAAAACCCAAAAUCCCCCUGAAAUCAACCCAAAAAAAACCCCAAAAUCCCCCUGAAAUCAACGCAAAAAAAAAACCCAAAAUCCCCCUGAAAUCAACGCAAAAAAAACCCCAAAAUCCCCCUGAAAUCAACGCAAAAAAAAAACCCCAAAAAAGUGGGCCCCUCCCCCCGCCCGUCGGUGUUGUGGGAACAAAACAAAACAAAAAACAAAAAAAAAAAAAGUGAAUUUUUGUCAUUAAAGUGACCAAAAUGUGACCACAAAUGGGGAGAAAUGAGUUUGAAAUGAUGGAAAAAUGGGGGGGGGGAAAAAAAAAAAAAAAGAGAUUUAAAUAAAUAAAUAAAUAAAUAAAUAAAUAAACAGGGAGAAAAUGGGAUGAAAAUGAUAAAAAAAUGGAAGUGAGAUAAAAAUUGGGGGGGGGAAAUGAGGGAAAAUCAGACAAAAAUGGGGAAAAUGGGAUAAAAGUGAUUAAAAAUGGGAGAAAAGGAAAUGAAAAUGAUAAAAAAUGGGAUAAAAGUGAUUAAAAAUGGGAGAAAAGGAAAUGAAAAUGAUAAAAAAUGGGAUAAAAGUGAUUAAAAAUGGGAGAAAAGGAAAUGAAAAUGAUAAAAAAAUGGGAUAAAAGUGAUUGAAAAUGGGAGAAAAUGAGAUAUAAAAUAUUUCAAAAAUGGGAAAAAUGAGUUCAAAAUGAUAAAAAAUUGUGAAAAAGUGAAAUUGGGACCCCACAGGUGACACAGGAACCCCACAGGUGACACUGGAACCCCACAGGUGACACAGGAACCCCACAGGUGUCACAGGGACCCCACAGGUGACACAGGAACCCCCACAGGUGACACAGGAACCCCACAGGUGACACAGGGACCCCACAGGUGUCACAGGAACCCCACAGGUGUUACAGGGACCCCACAGGUGACACUGGGACCCCACAGGUGUCACAGGGACCCCACAGGUGACACAGGAACCCCACAGGUGUCACAAGGACCCCACAGGUGUCACAAGGACCCCACAGGUGACACUGGGACCCCACAGGUGUCACAGGGACCCCACAGGUGACACAGGAACCCCACAGGUGACACAGGAACCCCACAGGUGUCACAGGGACCCCACAGGUGUCACAAGAACCCCACAGGUGACACUGGAACCCCACAGGUGUUACAGGGACCCCACAGGUGACACUGGGACCCCACAGGUGACACUGGGACCCCACAGGUGUUACAGGGACCCCACAGGUGUU